AUGAGACCUACUUCAAUUCUUAGAUCUGGUGGUGACGGAGAGGUUGGAAAGUACGGAAAAUAUCUUGGUGGCUGGGGUAACUUGGGCUCUCAACCCCAGAAGGGUGUCGCAUCAUAUGCACUCAGUGCCAACCGACAACGUCCUCUCGCCGGUGCCUUGAACGCAGCUAUCUUCAACACCUGGAGACGAUUCCGUGGCCAAGUCCUUUAUGUUGCACCACCAUUUAUUAUCGCAUACACUGCCAUGGAAUGGGCUAUUGAGAGAAACGAAUACUUGAACUCUAAGCCAGGAAGACUGGAGUUUGGUGGCGAGGAAUAG